UUCAAAAAUGAAUUUUCAGUUGCUGCUGCUGUGUUAGAGAUAUUUUUUUAGAGUUAAUCAACGGAAAUUGGAAAUCAUAUUCAUAUCAGUAAACAAAAACGAUGAACAUAAAUGAGAACAAAUUAAAUAGAUCUCGUUCAGAAUCAGAUAUAAACAAUAUUAGCGAAUUUCAUUAUUCCCCAGAUAUUGUGAGAAGAACAGUGGUAAUAGAAGAACUUUAUGGAAAUUAUAAUAGUAGAAGAUACUUAUCAUGCACUCGAUUAUUUGGUGAUAAUUCCUAUGGUGUGAGCAACAUAAACUCAUUCAAUCAACUUUCAUUAGAUACCACUGAUACUAGCCUGCAAAUGCAAUCAAAUACGACUUAUAAGAAUUAUUCACAAGGGAACUCCUCACAUUAUUUGGACAAUUCCAGUGGUGUAGUACCAAUGGAUGUGGAUAGCUCUUUUGAUUGGGAUGAAAGAUAUCCUAAGUUGAUGGGAACCAAUUUUGAAUCAUCUUUUAACAGAUUUAAGAGCAUAGGUGAUGCAAGGUAUAAAGCUUCAGAUAAUGCUUUGAAGAGAAGAAUUCUGAUUCCAACAUCCACCGAUACAGUUACAGAUGAAACUGGACAAAGAAGAGAAUUUGUCAUUGAUAGCGAGUGUCAGACCCAAAAAGAGCCCAUUAUCCCUAUUCAAAAAAAAGGAUGUUCAAAUAAAUGGAUUGUUUUACUGUUAUUGAUAGCUGUAUUAACUGCAUUUUACAUCACUUUAAAUAAUGGUUAUGGAUUCAUUUCUGUGAACAGUGCUUUACAGAUUGAAAAUGUUCAGAAAGAUUUAAUAGAAAAUGUGUUUGAACAGCCUUCGCCUAUCGAAGUCAUAGUACAUACUUUAGAACAAAGGAGAAAUUGGCAGGAAAGGGUUAAAGUCCUGGGAUUUAUAGGCUCGCAGGGAGUUGGUAAAACUUUUACUGUUAAUAUUAUUAGGAAACAUUUCAUUCCUUGUUUAGUGCAUGACAUUCUUGGAGCACAUUUGUCCUACAAAAGUCGGCAGACAAAAAUUUUCGAAUCAAUAAAUGGAUGUUGCUUAAAUUUAGUUGUGAUUGAUGAUUUGACCAGGGAGGAUAAUGUGGAGCUGUUUGCAUUCAUUCAUUCUCUCCCAAGAGACCACUUUAUUCUGGUUAUAUCAAUAUUCAACAUCCAAUAUACAUCUAAUGAUUUAGAAUCUGAGAUAAGAUACCAAGAUAUCAUUGAAAUUAGGAAUGCAUUCGAUAACUCAGAAUUGUAUUAUGAAUUGGUUUUAUUUCGAGAGUUUAGUCCAGAGCAAGUUAGAAACUGGGUAACAAAACAGCUUAGCCUUCAAAACAUUACUACCCAAAUGCAAAAUGAAGUAAUUGAGAGUGUUUUGAAAGGUCAUGACAGUGCUAAACUGGGACUUAAAGGACUGCAUUUUAAAUUAUUAUUGGAAUUAGAAAAGUACAAGAAAUAGUUUUUGAAAACAUAAUUGACUAAAUGAUUAUUUCAUAUUGAAACACACUGAUUUUAUGUAAUUUCAUUGGAAAUAAAAUUGGGGUUUAUUAAAA